AGCGCGCGGCCGCGAGCAAAGGAGGGAGGGAAGGAAGGAAGAGAGGGAGGCGGGCAGGCAGGCGCGGGGGUCGGGGACUGAGGCAGCAGAGGGAGGCGAGAGCCCGGCAGCCGCUUCGCGCUGCUUGCUGCGCGGGCUUUUGGAGAGGGCGGCCGCUGAGUCGGCCAAGGAGAAGCGGGCACCGGCGGCGUUGGUGCUGGCGCCUGGGGGCGGGGGACUGGGGAGGCGAGAAGGGGGGUCGCUGCGGUGGUUCUCUCGCCGUCGCGCUCUUCUUGCUUCUCUCCCGGCUCGGUGGGCUCCUCCCGGCGUCUCCCUCGCCUCCGGGGCCCCUCUCCCCUCCCCCCGCGGUAUGUCUUGAUCCCGAGCAGCGGGUUUCAUGGGGCUCCUCAGGAUUAUGAUGCCGCCCAAGUUGCAGCUGCUGGCGGUGGUGGCCUUCGCGGUGGCGAUGCUCUUCUUGGAGAACCAAAUCCAGAAGCUGGAGGAGUCCCGGUCGAAGCUAGAAAGGGCUAUUGCAAGACAUGAAGUCCGAGAAAUUGAGCAGCGACAUACAAUGGAUGGCCCUCGGCAAGAUGCGGUUUUAGAUGAGGAGGAGGACAUGGUGAUCAUUUACAACAGAGUCCCCAAAACUGCAAGCACCUCUUUUACCAAUAUUGCCUAUGACCUGUGUGCAAAGAAUAAAUACCACGUUCUUCACAUCAACACUACCAAAAAUAAUCCAGUGAUGUCACUGCAAGACCAGGUGCGCUUUGUAAAGAAUAUAACUUCCUGGAAAGAGAUGAAACCAGGGUUUUAUCAUGGACACGUUUCUUAUUUGGAUUUUGCAAAAUUUGGUGUGAAGAAAAAGCCAAUUUACAUUAAUGUCAUAAGGGAUCCUAUUGAGAGGCUAGUUUCUUAUUACUACUUUCUGAGAUUUGGAGAUGAUUAUAGACCAGGAUUAAGAAGAAGAAAACAAGGAGACAAAAAGACCUUCGAUGAAUGUGUAGCUGAGGGCGGCUCGGACUGUGCUCCAGAGAAGCUCUGGCUUCAAAUCCCGUUCUUCUGUGGCCACAGCUCGGAAUGCUGGAAUGUGGGAAGCAGGUGGGCUAUGGAUCAAGCCAAGUAUAACCUAAUUAAUGAAUACUUUCUAGUGGGAGUGACUGAAGAGCUUGAAGAUUUUAUCAUGUUAUUGGAGGCAGCUUUGCCCCGUUUCUUCAGGGGUGCUACAGAACUCUACCGUACAGGAAAGAAAUCGCAUCUUAGGAAAACCACAGAGAAGAAACUCCCCACUAAACAAACCAUUGCAAAACUACAGCAAUCUGACAUUUGGAAGAUGGAGAAUGAGUUCUAUGAAUUUGCACUAGAGCAGUUCCAAUUCAUCAGAGCGCAUGCUGUACGGGAAAAAGAUGGAGACCUCUACAUCCUCGCACAAAACUUUUUCUAUGAAAAAAUAUACCCUAAAUCGAACUGAGUACAAGGUGUGACUGUUAGAUUCUUGAACUAUAACUUUGCCCCUGUCUUCACCUUAGUUCUCAGCUCCACAACCUGGAUUGCUGAUAGGUGUAUAAGACAGUUUGCGUUGAGCCGAGUUAGGAAACACACAGUAACGUCAAGGAAGUAGAUACUGGCUGGUAUGUCAGUGGUCUCAGAAGUUUAAGUUUCAGCCUUUUUUUUUUUUCUGGUUAAAUUUUGGUGGGAGUUAUAUAAUCUCCUGCCUGGGAAAAAACCUACACAUCACCUAAAAUAAACACAUAGCAGGUCUAAUUGAAGGCAAAUUCAAUUUCAGAAAAAGUUCUGACAUUCUGUUUUUGAUAAAGCAUUUUUUUCCACUAAUCAUGAACGAAGAUGAAUCCAUCUGUCUCUUCCACCUUCACCUGGAGGUCUGGUUUAUUGCCCUCCACUGAAUAGUGUUAUGGACUGUUUGGCAGUGUGUGCUUUGUUUUUGUGAAUCACGUGUCAUGAAGUUUAUUGGAACGUUUGAUCAUGUUUGCUAAGAAAUGUCUCUGCUGUAGAUGGAAUUGCCCAUAUUUAUAUGUCAUUUUAAUUUUCUUUAAAAAAAUAAUCAUUAGUGUUGAAAACCAAUUUAAACCAUUACUAAUACUAUACAAAGAGUCAAAGCAGUAUUUCUCAUUCCUUUCUCCCUGUGAUCUAAGAUUGGGGAGAUACUUCAAAGAAUGUUGGCAUUGCCUGAAGUUUUAGUUAAGGCUUCCACACAUUAAUAUCAAAAAUGUAAGUUUGGUAUUUGUUUCUCCAUGGGUAAUUUGUAAAGCUGUAAACUGAGAUAUCGGUGACUCCAUAUUAUAACUCCAUUAGUGAGCUGUGGUAUGGGUAGGAUUUUCCUACUUAUUCUGUACUUUUACUUGUAGACUAUUUUUACUAAGGUGCUUUAUAAUGUGUUUUAAAGCAUUGCAUUUACAAAAAAAAGGAAAAUGCUGUAAAUACUGCAUAUUUUAUGUAUUUGGACCAAAAGGUUAUAAGUAAUUAGACAAAAAUGGUUUUGCACCAAUUUUAUGUCAAGUAAAACCAUCAGACCUACUGUUCUUGUAUUUCUCAUUUAACUUUACUGUUAAGAUAUCACUGAAAUCAACUUCAAUAACCUUCCACUUUUGAUAUACAGUACAUUAUUCAUAAUUGGGGGCAGUAGUUACAGUGGAAAGAGUACUGGACAAGGAGUCAGAAAACUUGAUUUCUGGUCCUGGCUCUGCCACUUAUCAGCUGUGUGACCUUGGGCAAGUCACUUAACCUCUCUUUGCCUCAGUGUCCUCAUCUCGAGAUGAGGAUAAUAAUACCUGCUGUACCUACCUCACAGGGGUGUUGUGAGGAUUUAAUGAGAUGGCAUAUGAAAGCACUUUGUAAGGCGCUCUAUAAAUGUAAGGUAUUAUGGAAACAUCUUUAACAUGUAGUUUCAUACCAUUCAUUUUUUAACAAAGAAAGGGAAAAGUCCACUUAUAAACUGGUUGAAAAAGUUAAUCUUGAUAUAAAUUUGUGUUUGAUAAAUAUCUUCUCAGUGUUUUAUCUUCCCUGUUUCAACAACUAUUGAGAUAUGAAACAUCUGUGAACUCUUAAAGAUUCGUGAGCAGCUGCUUGAGUUGAGGAGGUUCCCUGUUUGAAAAAGACUUCAUUAGUCGACUCAGGGCAGGGGAAAUUGGCUCUUCAAAUUCGGAAGAUUUUUCUGUUUUUAUUUUACAUUACCAUUCAGAAAUGGUAGCUAUUUUAUACCUCUGGUUUUUAAGGUAUAUUUUGCAGCAUUUAAUUUCCUUAUACAUUCUUUACCUUCAUCCCCUUCUUAGAUUAACAGAGAUAAAGAAUUUUAGAAACAUUUUCUAAAAGAAUGAUCUUUAAUAUGUUUAGUUUAAAUAAAUAUUCCUGAACAGGGCCUCACUAAAUGUAAGCAUUUUAGGCAGGUUGCUUUAAAGGUUAUUAAUUGUAUGGGAGGUGAGGAGGGAGCAGUACUUAU